GGCACUUCUCAGACCACUGCAGGGAAGCAAACCUCUAAGCCAUCGUUCAAGAAGAAGGACCACAAGCACUCCAGAGGCCCUGAGACCCUCGGGUCUUCUCCGAUCAAGAAUGGAAAUCCAGGGUCUCUUGAGAUACUUACAGAGACAAGAGAUGAACUGGGCACUUCUCAGACCACUGCAGGGAAGCAAACUUCUAAGCCAUGGCUGAAAAAACAGCUGGGAAAUCUCUUUAGCUGCUGGAAGCUCCCCAAAUCAUCUACUGCAACAAGGUUUCCAGAGACAGGAAAUGUCUGUGCUGAUGAUAUGGCCACAUCGCAGGGUUCAGUGGCGCCUCCUCCCUCGGUCUCAGGGUCUGAGCCAUUGGAAGACCUUCCUACAGCUACUGGAGUCAGGGAACAAGACAGUGCCAAAGAUGUCUGUGCUGAUAUGGCCACAUCGCAGGGUUCAGUGGCACCUCCUCCCUCGAUCUCAGGGUCUGAGCCAUUGGAAGACCUUCCUACAGCUACUAGAAACAGGGGACGACACAAUGCCAAUGUGAAUCACUCCCAAAGAAUUCAGACAGAAUCUGCGGAGAUGGGUACAUUUAAUCCCAAUGCACCCGUCAUAUUUCAGGAUUUAGACAGUGAAGAAAUGGAAGAUACGUAUUAUCCUUCAUUCUGUUCACAGAGCACCCAAGAUGAAUGUCUUCUGUUCCCUUCCGAUGGCUGUCCUUUGUCGUCACACGAAAUGAAAUCACAUGUACAUGGACUGUGCAAACUGUACCUUUCCAACCCUUUAAAGGCAUGGAAAGCAGCAGACAUUGUUGCCGAGAAACAUCUGGACAUCUUUAUAGAGCAUGUAUUGGAAGGAAACGGAACUGAAUGUGAGAUAGCAUUUUUGGGAGUCCUAGACUCACCCAAAUGCAAUGUGGAUAAAAUGGCAUGCCUCUUGAUUUGCCAGAUUCGUGGGGGACCUUGCUCUUUUCCUGUUCCGGCGGGGAAAGAGUCUCAGAUGAAGAUAACAGCAAUCAAACUUCUUGGGCGAAUGGUACGUUACAUCGAACAGCCAGAGAGGCUUGACAAAUGGAUCCUUGACUUUUUUAUCAUCUUUUCGAUUGUCGCGACAAACCAAGUCAUGCCUGGGGCUUCAUGUCACACCAGUGACUGGACACGAAAAGAAGCAUCUGAUAUAAUUAAGAUCAUAAACAGGAAAUGGAAGGUGCUUAACUCUGUAUUCUUGAAGUAUUGUGCCUUUCAUUAGGAAAACAAUCCCCCCACAGGACUGAAAGGCCAUCACUUCUGGGUGAUGCCAUGACCCCAAAGGGAAGUUCAGAUUUGCAGGCUUCCAGAGGGAACUCAAGCCCCAGCUGAGUAGAGAAGUCUCCUCUUAGGACUCUCUGUUGUGUUUGGAGGAGGAGAAAGAUGCCAUCACAUGUAAAGAUGUACAGUCAUCCCUCUGAUUUCAUGGGGUAACCGUUUCAGGAGCCCCUGCAUAUUUGAAAAUUCUCUUUAUUCAAGUUCCCCUCCUUCCCUUCUUCUUUUGCCUCCCCACUGCAUUACUGCAUUGCUGUGUCUUUGCUUAUUAUUGCACUGGUAUGAUAUUAUGGUAUUUUUAUUUUUGUAAGUAUUGCUUUCUAGGUUGGAUUAUGGCUAGCCUUAUGUUAAUGCAACGUUUCUUAUUUAUUACUGAAUUUCAUGUUCAUAGUAACUUGUGUAUUUACUAUACUGUCAUACACUUUGCUGUGUUUUUGCCCCCUAACCUGUGAAUCUAAGGGCUGAAAAAUAAA